CUCUGUGACUUCAUCGACAACAACGGAAGAAAGCUGGAAAAGCACAUUUAUACUGUCAGAUAAAAAACUGGCAUGUCAUGUCUUUAGUCACAGAACGAGGUCUAAAGACGACUAGAUCCAAAUGUGACUUUGGUCAAAUUUGUGUCAUGACCUUUUAACCCCCCUGUAUUUUCAAACCAUUAAUUCUGACUAUAGAUAACAAGAUUUAUUAGAUGUAGUGAUGCAGCCUGGACAUAUUACUGGAUAGCGUGUAAGGUGGUUUGCAUGAGUAAAGAGGGAAAGACCCCUUUGCCUGCAGUGGGGGGGCUGACGGGCAAACAGCGUGACAUCACAAGACCCAUGUUUGGACGUGACAGCGAAGGAUUGCCCACUAUGGGUGCAGCUAUGGGGCCGUUGCUGCUUUGGCUCCAGGAUGUGGCAGCGGUGACCCUUCUAAGAGCUCGCAGAACGCUUCUAAGGGCCGCCAUCCUGUUCUGUGUCCUGGUGCUUCUUCUGUGGGUCUCCAUCUUCCUGUAUGGAAGCUUCUACUAUUCCUACAUGCCCAGUGUCAGCUUCUCCACACCAGUGCACUUCUACUACAGGACAGAUUGUGAUGCUUCAGAUUCAGUCCUCUGUUCUUUCCCCAUGGCUAACAUCUCACUUUUGAAGAAUGGAAGAGACCAGGUGAUGAUGUCUGGUCAGGCCUACAGGAUCUCUCUGGAGCUGGAAAUGCCUGAAUCUCCUGUUAAUGAACAGCUUGGCAUGUUCAUGGUCAAAAUGUCUUGCUAUACCACUCAUGGGACAGUUGUUCAGUCGGUGGCCCGCUCAGUGGAUUGCCGCUGCUGAUACUGCCGUCGAGCAAGGUGGGCAUGGUUUCA